AAUAAGAGUCGGGAAAUAAUUUGGCGCUCUCCACUCUCCACAAAAAAUAUCAGCACAAAAAAUUUCAAUUUUGCUUGGAAGACUCGCAAUUAGGGUUUUUGAUUCACUACAAUGUCUUACGCUCCUGAAAUCGCCUCUCAGUUUGACAUACCUGACCUUGAAAAGGAUAAAUUGGUAGGGGAAGUGAUCCGCUACAUCCUCUUCAAAACCGAGCAAAAUUCAGGCUGUCCAAUUAGAAGGGAGGAACUGACUCAGUUGGUUACGGCUAAAGGGUAUAAGCAGAGAAAUUUUCCUUCUUUUGUAAUCGACGAGGCCAAAUCCAAACUCUCUUCAAUCUUCGGCUAUGAAAUGAGGGAACUUCAGCGUUCUCGGCCUUCGGCGGCAGCCAAUACUGGCCGUGCUUCGCAAUCACAACAGUCUGUUGGUGAUGCAAAAUCGUAUAUAAUCAUAAGUAAGCUGCCUUCUGAUGUCUAUGGAAAAUUUGUAGAGGAUAAGAGUUCAGUGCAUAUGUCAGGCUUAACUUUUGUCGUAAUUGGGAUAAUUCAUUUAGCAGGAGGCAAAAUCACAGAAGAAAAUCUUUGGCAUCAUCUAAAGCGCUUGGGAUUGCAUGAAAAUGAGGAAAACCAUCCAAAAUUUUCAAAUACCAAACAGGCGUUAGAAACACUUGUCCAGCAAAGAUAUUUGCAGAAAGAAAAAGUUAAUGGCCCCGAAGGCAACAUUGUGCAUUAUGAGCUUGCUGAGAGAGCUCUAGAUGCGCCUAUUUACGACAAAAUCAAAGAAUAUGUUUCUCAGUUAACGUUCUUGAUGAUUUCUGUGCUGCAUUAUUUCUUGACAGAUGGUGCAGAAAGAUGCAACGCCAUUGGAAUAUGAUUAGAUAUCUCCUUUUGCUCCGGCUGUACAUGGGACAAGUGUGCUAUUUGACGAGACGUUUUGUGUAUAAGCUUGAACUGUAAGUGAGUUCUUCUGGAUA